AUGAAUCCCAAACCACAAUCUCGACACUCCAGUGCGCGAGCGAAUGAAACCGCCGCACAACACACUACUGCCCAGUCGACACCUCCCGCUCGACAAGCGCAGUCAAGCUCCGAUUCCAGCGAGCAACCGUGCUGUUCCAAACAAGCACAAAUACAAUCAUUGCACACCGACAAUGAUAGCAAAAUUCUCCUUCCAACUGCCAUGGUCGCGGUUGAACACGAAGGGGAAUUGUUUCAACUUGGAGCCUUGAUUGAUCAAGGCUCACAGAGAACUUUCAUUUUCUCGAAAGUUCAGAAACGGUUGAAACUACCAUUCGAACAUUCCAAGUUCGAAAUUUCCGGCAUGGGUGGACACGUAGUACAAAGCUCCUCAAAGCUUUGUCCACUCACAUUGGUUGCAUCCCAAACCAUGCAACGGAUAAACACACAGGCUAUCGUGUUACCUCAGCUCACGAGGCACAUGCCUACAUUCACCAUUAGCCGUGAAAACUGGCAGCGAUUCAAGAUCCUUGAACUUGCUGACCCAAGUUGCCACAUACCAGCUCAAACUGAUAUGGUAAUCGGCAGCGAUAUACUUCCACAAAUCCUGCUUGAAGGUAUACAAAAGAUUUUCGACACUAUACUUGCGCAAAAAACAAUAUUUGGCUGGAUUCUCAGUGGUCCAAUAACCGAAAAUGUGGUGUCAUUCUCGACACAAGUAGAAGAGUGCUCGAAUGCAACUCUCAGCUCUCAGCUUCGAAAGUUUUGGGAAGAGGAGGAGAUUCCACAACCUCCACAAAUUUCCCCUGAAGAUCAGGCUUGUGAGCAUAUAUAUGCAACAACAACGACUCGUGCCCCAAACGGUCGAUACAUUGUGCGACUUCCAUUCAAGGAAGAAUUUCCAAAAAAGCUGUCUCUGGGCCACUCUCGGUCUGCUGCACUUCAGCAGUUUUUCAGUAUGGAGCGAUCGCUUCAGAAAAAAGGAGACUUAGGCACAAUGUACAAUAAUGUGUUGCAAGAGUAUCUCGACCUCGGUCAUAUGGAGCACACGAAGCCAUGCGAGAUAAUUUCCAAUGGCAAAUACUUCUCUUUCUACUUGCCACAUCAUGCGGUCGUCAAACCAGAUAAGGUGACCACCAAAGUUCGCCUGGUAUUCAACAUUCAACGCCUCAAAAACAUCUGGUUCAGGAAAAUCCCUGAAUGA